GGUGCCGGCGCCGGGAUCCUGGCCGCAGCCGCCUCUGGACGAGGAAGGAGACGAACAUGGGCGCUCGCAGAAUGGAAACAGACUAUAAUCCCGUGGAGCUAAGCAGUAUGUCUGGAUUUGAAGAAGGCUCCGAGCUCAAUGGGUUUGAAGGAACGGAUAUGAAGGACAUGCAGCUGGAGGCUGAGGCAGUUGUAAACGAUGUCCUCUUUGCUGUCAACCACAUGUUUGUCUCAAAAAGCCUGCCCUGUGCAGAUGAUGUGGCUUACAUCAAUGUGGAGACAAAGGAAAGGAACAGAUACUGCCUGGAGCUCACAGAAGCAGGGCUCAGGGUAACUCACUUUUAUUUUUAGAAGGAAAAAAAUAAGCCUAUCUUUAUCAUUUUAUCAGAAAGGAUAAAGAGGAACAUUACAUAAAAAUCAUACAUGGGUAUCUUCAAAAAA